CCUUACUAUCGAUUUCAUUGAGUUGGACGAUACACCCGAACGAUAUAAAUGUGUUGACAAGUUGACAUAUUUAAGAUAUUGUGCAUAUUUUUCCAGAUUGGACCCCGGUUUAUUUGACGCAUAAGGCGGGGAUUGUUAAUUAGGCCUGCGGGUAUUCCGUAUUGACGCAAGGAAUUUGCUUUGAUCUGUUUGGCGGAUCCAAUUGGAACGAGGCGUUAAUAUCUACUAUUGAGUAAAACCAGCUGACAGGAGGUUUAAUAUGCCAUUCACUACUACGAGAACAGUUCGCACUGUCAUCUCUGACGGAAAGGGACCACCGCGCGUGGAGACUCGAACCAUAACUUCCGGUGACGACGGCGGCGGCGGGAUGAAUUUCGGUGGAUUUAACGCGAGGUUUGGUGGAAUGAACAUCAACUUCGGUGGAGGUGGAAGCGGUGGUGAUGGUGGCAGCAGCACCGGAAGGCGGUCGACCGCGUCGGUUAAGCCGGUCACUCAGCGCGGAUGUGUUGAUGGUCGCACCUCGCGCAAGGACCGGACGAACCCGUUUGCGGGGCUUGGGAAACAGAGUUACGACGAGAUCGUGAAGAAGUGCCAGGCAGAGGGGUGCUUGUUUGAGGACCCGGAGUUCCCAGCAGAGGACACCUCUAUCUUCUUCAGCCGCGCCCCACCCAGGCCCUUUGAAUGGAAGCGUCCAAAGGAGAUCUGCAGUGCCCCUCAGUAUGUGACCGGUGGUGCCAGCAGGUUUGAUGUCCAGCAGGGAGAACUCGGUGACUGCUGGUUGCUGGCUGCAGUUGCCUCCCUUACCUGCAACACCCAUCUCCUGAACCGUGUCAUCGUACCGGAGCAGAACUUUGAAACCAACUACUAUGGCAUCUUCCGCUUCCGAUUCUGGCAUCAGGGAGAGUGGAUUGAGGUGGUGGUAGAUGACAGACUGCCUACUUACUAUGACAAGCUUGUCUUCAUGCACUCGACAGACAAGAAUGAGUUCUGGAGUGCCCUUCUGGAGAAAGCCUAUGCCAAACUGAGUGGGUCGUACGAGUGUCUCAAGGGAGGCAGCACCAGCGAGGCCAUGGAGGACUUCACAGGAGGUGUCACCGAGACGGUGGACCUCAAGAAGGCACCCACCAACCUCCUCAACAUCAUGAUGAAGGCCCACGAUAGGGGCUCUCUCAUGGGCUGCUCCAUUGAUGCUGAUCCAAACCAACUGGAGGCCAUCUUGCCUAAUGGGCUGGUGAUGGGCCAUGCAUACUCCAUCACAAGUGUUAAACUGGUCGAGAUUCAGACACCAAAGAUCAGUGGCAAGAUCCCCCUGGUACGUGUGCGCAACCCCUGGGGCAAUGAGAGCGAGUGGAAGGGGGCCUGGUCUGACAAGUCUGCAGAGUGGAAAUACAUCCCUGCUGAUGAGAAGAAAGCUCUGGGGCUGACAUUUGAUGACGAUGGAGAAUUCUGGAUGUCGUUCCAAGACUGGCAGGACAACUUCAUGAAGAUUGAGAUCUGUAACCUCGGCCCAGAGUCCCUACAUGAGGACGAGGCUGCGCAGGGCAAGAUCCGUUGGGAGGCCACUGCUGAGGUCGGGGAGUGGAUACCCCGUGUAAACGCUGGAGGUUGCAGGAACUACCUGGACACGUUUGCCAUGAACCCCCAGUACCGUGUGGUGUUGACCGACCCGGAUGAUGAUGAGGACGACCUGUGUACCAUCCUCAUUGGUCUGCUGCAGAAAGAUCGGCGCAAGAAACGCAAGGAAGGGCUGGAUAUGCUCACCAUUGGCUACGUCAUCUACAAGAUGAAGGAGGAUGGUACUUUUGGCACAGGCCCUCUGGACACUAAAUUCUUCAAGUUCAACGCAUCUGUGGCCAAGUCUCCGUCCUUCAUCAACAUGCGUGAGGUGUGCGGUCGACAUCAGCUCUCCCCCGGGACCUACGUCAUCAUCCCCUCCACCUUUGAGCCCAACCAACAGGGAGAGUUCCUGCUGAGGAUCUUCACGGAGAAGGCUGGAACAACCUCGGAGAUGGAUGAAGGGACAGGCAUUAUUGAAGACCAGAGACCAUCUGCUCCUGCAAGAGUACCUGCUCCCCCUGUUACGGAAGAUGACAAGGUUCAAGGAGAGGAGCUGAAGGAAAGUUUCAAGAGGAUCGCAGGAGAGGACCUAGAGGUUGACGCGUAUGAACUCCGUGACAUCCUCAACUCUGUGUUCACUAAAGCAAAGGGUAAGCAUACUAAUAUCUAUAAACAGGUCAUUGACUUACAUCACAUGUCAUUGAUUAAUCUACAAACUCUUUCUUUUCACACAAUAUCUAGAUAUAUAUAUAUAUAGCUACUAACAUCUCUCAUCUAUGUAAUAGGUUAACAUUUCUCAUCUAUAUAAUAGGUAGAGUUUGAUGAGGCCAUACAAAUAAUUGUUUUUUAUCCCCCGCCAGAGGCGGAGGGAUAUUGUUUUGGCGUUGUCCAUCCGUCCGUCCGUCUUCCCGUCCGUCCGUCUGUCCGGCACUUUUGUGUCCGGAGCCAUAUCUUGGAAGUGCUUUGGCGGAUUUCAUUGAAACUUGUUAUGAGUAUAUUUAUGGAUAAGAGGAUGAUGCCUGCCAAAUGGCAUUGUAAACCAUCUGUUAAUAAUGGAGUUAUGGCCCUUUUAUCUUGAAAAAAUGCUUUUUUUGUGUCAGGAGGCAUAUCUUGGAAGUGCUUUGGGGGAUUUCAUUGAAACUUGGUAUAAGUAUAUAUAUGGAUAAGAGAAUGAUGCACGCCAAAUGGCAUUGUACGCCAUCGGAUAAUAACGGAGUUAUGGCCCUUUGUAUCUUGAAAAAAUGCUUUUUUGAGUGUCAAAUAUAACACUUUUGUGUCCAGAAGCAUAUUGGCGGGGAUUUCAAUUCAAUGAAUUUGCUUGUUUCCAUUAACAUUUCAACUUUUGUUUCUUUUUGCAAGUUAUUUCCCUCUUAUAGGCUGUUAAAUGUCAGAAAUAUUCAAAAUGUAUUUGUGUACAUGUUAAAGUGAAGUUUGCUAAUAUUAAGUUAAUUAUGAAAAUAUGAAGGGCCCCCCUCUGAGAAAAACUGUCCUGGGGAUAGAAAAAUGCAUAUGCGUUAAAUGUCGUCCCAGAUUAGCCUGUACAGUCUGACACUUUCUACCUAGCCUGGAGUUUUGUUUACAAGAGAUGGACUUCACAGGCUAAUCUGGGAUGACCACUUUAAGCACAUGCAUUAAGCAUAGUAAUCCCAGAGUCAGGCUCAAAUUAUGUUUAAAAGUGAAUGGUCAGCAGCCAACAUGGUUCAGUGGAAGCAAACAAUCUUUCUUUGACACUGUAGAAUAAAAAUCUCUGAUUUCUGAAGUGUUGUUUCAGGGUUCCCAAUGGCCCCAAAAAGUUGUCACCACUGAAUUUGCCACUUUAAAAAAGUUAUUGCCAUUUGUGUUUGCAUCAUUGUAAAUUUAAGCAAGCGGAAAACUGAUGCUGUGACCUCAUAGAUAAUCUUUCAGUAGUGCAUUCUCAUUGCAGCAAUAAUAGGCAUGUUUGCACUGACCUAAUCUGCUCCUGUAAGUGGCAUCCCUAAACAUCUACUCAGAAUCAAAGUGAAAAUAGCUAUGUGCAAACAGCAUAAAACCAUAACAGCCUGCGAGUAACUCGCAGUCUGUUCAGGUUUUAUGCUGUUUGCUGCUCAUCAGUAUCUAAGGGUUGGAAAUAAAGCCUUUAAUUUAAAACUUGAAUCUAUAAAGAAAAGUCUUCAAUUAGAUUUAACUUUCUAAGGGACAACAAAUGCUUCAAAAUACGUAUCUAAGUGGUAAAUGGUUAAACAGGCUGAUCAACAGAAAAGAUGUUGUCUGUUAGUAAAUAGUACCCAUACAAAACAUUUUCUCUUGAAAAUUCUCCUUUGCUUGGAUUUUGUCACCAGUGGUGACAAUUGCAAUCAACAGUGGGAACCCUGGGUUUGAGCUAAAUAUUUCUACUAACAUUAACAUGGUGAUAGUCUUCCGAAAUAUGCAGUUAUUUAAGUGAGCGAUCAAUAACUUAAUAGCAACGUUUGACAAGUUUAUUUGAUAUUUGAUAAGUUUGAACAAGAAAAAUUUGAUAAUUCCAUUUACAAUCGGAAAAGCUGGUCAAUUUAUAUUGACCGAUAUAUAUGCUUAAUAUGUCAUAUAUAUUGUUUCCAUGGAAACAAAGUAUUUUGCUGCACUUUAAAAUGCUGAACUUACUAUUCUCUUUGCUUGUUUUAAAUUUUAAAAUGACUGAAACUAUGAAAAUAGUUGUCAGCAUGUUAUGCUUCUAUAUUGAUGAGACUUAUUGAGUACAUGUAUAAAAACAUGAGAACCCUUAUAAUCCAUCUGCUCUUAGUGUAUUUCUGUCAUGUAUUCAAGGAUACUAGUAUGACAUCAAUCGUUUAGUACUGCUUUUGCCCAUAAAUCAGGUUACCGUCAAGGUGAGUAGCUUGUAAGGAGGCAUACAUAUAAUGUAUAGACAUGAUAUCAUAGUCUGAAUGACGUGCAUAGACUCGUAUAUAGUACAACUGUAGGUGAGUAGCUGAAUACAUUAAGUGCGAAAGUUAUGGUGGACUAAUGAAAUUGCAACAUAUUUUUUUGCCCCCCGAUCAAAAGAUUGGGGGCAUAUUGUUUUUGGCCUGUUUGUCUGUCUGUCUGUCUGUCUGUCUGUCUGUCUCUCAUUCAUUGCGUGUGUUCCAAAACUUUAACCUUUGUUAAAGUUUUGCAAUAACUUUUGCAUUAUUAAACAUAAAAACUUAAUAUUUGGCAUGCAUGUGUAUCUCAUGGAGCUGCACAUUUUGAGUGGUGAAAGGUCAAGGUCAUCCUUCAAGGUCAAAGGUCAAAUAUAUGUCUUCAAAGCAGCGCAAUAGGGGGCAUUGUGUUUCUGACAAACACAUCUCUUGUUUUGAUCUUAAUAUGCUUAGGUCAUAAGUUUUCUAAAAUUAUAUUUGUGUUACAUUAACCAGCACCAUGCAAAACUUUUGUAUGUAAUUAACAAGCAUUUAAAAGGAACACUUACGAGUAGUGCUCUGGGAAAAUGGGACUUUAAACAUGUGUGUUAAGUGUCGUCCCAGAUAAGCCUGGACAGUUCACGCAGGCUAAUCAGGAAUGACACUUUUCGCAUAUAUGGACUUUUUUAUUUAAUCGAAGUCUCUUCUUAACAAAAAUCCAGUCUAUGCAGAAAGUGUUUUCCCUGAUUAGCUUACAUGCUGACUGCAACAUUUUGGACUCACUUUACACACAGGUAUAAAGCUCCAUUUUACUUCACCUUGGCUAAUUUAUAAAAUGAGAACGUUUUUUUUUCCAAAAAAAAAAACACUGAUAUUUUUUUUUAAUGAAUACACUGAUAGUUUUUAAUGAAUACACUGAUAGUUUUCUUAUAAAUAGACAGUUCAGAUUGAAUCUUCUAAGCCAUAUAAAGAUUUAUCUGCAUUUAAUAGAAAUCCUCAUUUUUUAAAAUAAAUUUAAAAUAUGAAAUCAAAUACUUUGCCAUAUAAAAUAUUUUUGAUUUUUUGCAAUUGAUAAUUCUUCUUUUAUUAAUUUUUAUUGUCAUAUAUAAAAUAUCAUUGUAAAAUGUUCUGUAUUAUUAAAAAUAUUAUAAGCAUUAUAUUGAAUUGUAUGAGUCAUUUAUCAUAGUUUUUAGCUCACCUUAGCACGAAGCUAGAUAAGCUUUUGUGAUCACUAUAUGUCCGGCGUCAUGGAGUUUGUUGUGUGCGUCAUCAACUGUUAUCUUAUUUACACACUUGAGGUAACAUUUUGAUGACCCCACGGAUUGAAAGGCAGUAGGCAUUACACAUGUCCAUCAGUGUAUUCAUCAGUACGUGCUAAAGCUAGUGUUUUCACCUCUUCAACUAGAGAUGGAUUUUGCUCACACUUUCACAGAUGUUUGACCUUGAUUUGAUGCUUGUAAACGAUUGAAUUUAGGCUGCAUUAAGUUUUUGCAGAAUUAUGGCCCUUUGUUUUUCCACUAUGAAAUAUUUAGUCCCAUCUGUGUUUUCAACUAUUCCUAACUAUGUAUCCCAUCGUGCUUUAACUUACAAGGCUUAAUGAUGUUGACCUAAAUUUGUCAAUGAUCUGUAAGAAGGACUUUUGGCUGCAACCAGUUUUGGCAAAUGUAUGUCCCUUUGUCUUUUUGUCCUCUGUAGAAUAUAAAGUGGAUUCCUCUGUGUCCAAAUUUGUGUGUUGACAUCAUCUCUGCCUGUGAUAUAUUUCAAGUUCAUCCAAUAUUGAUAAAAUCAGGUUAGAAUGUUUAUAUCAGCCAAGUUCAAUUUUAUGUCACGUGUGUCCAAAGACUUGGGGAAAACUGAGAAUUCUGAGAAAACUGAGAGAACCUCGUUACCUAUCUAGACGCCAUGAUUAUGACUCAAUUUUGGUGAAACUUUAUCAUAAUGUUUUUGUUUUACAAUAUCUAAUCCAAGUUUGAAUCUGGGUCAUGUGUGUCAAAAAAGUAGAUCUCCAGGUUGAAUCUUGAAAAACAAAUUACUGCUCCAGAUUAUGACUCCAUCCAGAUGAAACACAGUUAGAAUAUUUAUCAUGACAAUAUCAAGGUUUUGUUUGAAUCCAGGUCACCGAAUCAAGUCUUUACUAAUGGUUGUACCUUGAACUCAGGCGAGCGCUUCAUGGCCAUCAUCGCCCUCUUGUUACUGAAUGUGUUUUAUAAAAAUUAUUGAACUGAAGUAAAAUUCAAAAUGGUUAUUGUACACAAGUAAUAUGGACUAAUCUUUUUUGCAUGAAGCCGGUGUUGUUGGUAAGAAAUAUCAAAUAUCGUACACCCAAUAUUAUGUUGUUUAAUUAUGAUAUUAUUGUGGUACAAAUGUGUGUAUUUGUAGAUAUUUAGACCGUUUAACCCCAUUUAAAUGGAAAUUGCUUUGCUAAUAUCUUAU